AACCCGAAAGUAUUAUGAGAAAUAUGAAACUUUUAUUGGGCCGGCUUAGCUGUCCACUGACCAGCUAAAACUGGAGCCCACGAUGACAGCGAGAAAACAUCUUGCAUGUCUUGGGCUGGUGGGACUCCUGUUGACUGUCACCGCUCUUGCGUUCCUGAUCAGUGUUGACCGUAGAGAAAAGAACUCUCUUCCCGGAGCGGCUGUCCGCGACCGAUUCCCGGAACUUCCUGGACGAAACUCGGAUGGUAGCGGCCGUCGUGUCAGAUCCUUCCUACGGGAGCCCCCCCACCCGCAACCAAGGGACGAUAACACAAACCCUGACGAACCCAACCCCGAGCUCCUCAAACGAGUCCCCCGGGGGAGGAGCGUGUGGGAGGCGCUAUUCCGCCGACGAUUCCGUGGACGGGACCGCGGUACGCCGAAAGACUCCGCGCAUCUGGCCAAAGACGCGACCAACAGCACGGUUGCUGUACCUCCGAAGGCGAGGCGUAAAGGGGCACGCUCCAUUCGCCGGGCACUGAAGAAAGGCUUAAAGGGGCGAUAUGUUUUCAACGGGAAAGUAUACGGUUCACCGCCUAAACAAGAACCAUCGCAAGUUAACGCCACUUCUAGGCCACCAAGAGUCAUCGAUUAUUUGGCACAUCUCCGCAACCGACCCCUGACCCCCGAGGAAGCGCGGCACCAGCAGCGGCACUACGUGGAAAACGAGCAAUACCAGCUGUACGUGGCGCGGAAGAAAGAGGCUAAGGAGAGCCGAGAGAAGCUGAAGGAGAUGAUCAAGAAACAGAAGGCGAAGAAAAGGCCAAACUUUAAAAGCAUCGGGUCUUCGAAAUAUGCAAAGUUCCUGAAGAGUUUCAAGAAAAAAGGAGGGUUUCCAGUGGGCAAGCCAAAGAUGGCGCCGAGAACAGUGCCCUACCGCGCCACCACGUACCAUCGGGGGGCCAGCCGGAAGACGGUGCGAAACCCCUGGGCUUACAAGCCUCGAUGGCAGCCGAUGGUCGUCUCGAAGAGGCGACGGGUGUUGCCGUUCAGACGCAAUAGGACGGGCAGGUAGGCCCUGGAAGCUUGAAACGAGCCUGGAUAAUUUGAAAGUUCCAACUGAAGCCUUCGAAUUCACCGUCUGAAAGUGACGACAAGAGAACACGGCAAUAAGUGGGCGGGGUCGCUCCAAUUAUUGGCAGAUAGAGGAGGGGUCAUAAGCCCCUUCCCUAAAAUAGAGAGUAGUGAAACUGAGCCUAGUCAUAAUCUUUCCUCAUUCUCUCUCCCCGAGAAUUGGGUUCUGAAGACAGUGACCACCGUUUGAACCCCUAUCCAUUUUCUGCUCAGUAUAGUUAUAUUCAAUGGAUAGUUCCCGUAGCUAGGCUCAGUUUAGCAUGGGAAAUAAUUGCAUUAAAUUGGCGAUACAUCACGGUCUGAUUAGUUAAGAUUAUUGCUGUGAAGUCAUUCGUUUGUUCGAUACUGUAGUUUCGUAGGUUACGAAGUUACAGCUUUUGCUUCCAAACAAUUAUUGUAGAUUUGUAAUUAUCAACUGUAAAUUAGAUUCGUCACGAAUCCACAGGAAUUGUAAUUUUGUAAAACGACGAGGAAGGUUUCCUCAUAUUUACUCCUCUCCUCGUUUCUAUCAAAGUGAAAAGUUGGUCUGCCGUGACACUGAUUCUACUGGGCCUCGUAAUGGGUAUAGUUAAAAAUUUAACAGCUACCGGGAACGCCCACACUCCGGACUUAUUGUGUAUGUUUGUCUUUCUCCAUAGAAAAUGACGUAUAGUUUGUUAUCUGUCGUGUUUUCAAGAUCAAUGCUUUAUAAAGCAAAAUUUUCAACAAGGAUUUGAAUUUUCUCUUCACCUUUCAAUAAGAAAUAAUUUGAUGUGUUUUGGCUGCUGUUCUGUAAGUAAAUGUUGCCCAGGCCUUUUUUUACAAUGUUGGAUUAUCGCUUAAUUGAAUUGACACAAACUCAUGUAAUCUUCUAGUUGUCCCAAGAUCACACCGGUCCUGAGGUGACAGAUCUGUCGGAAUCGCUGCUCCCCGAGUGUACGGUCCAGUAUAUGUAUCAGUUCAUUUAAAACGUUCCUGUAUAAUCAUCUGAUUGAAGUGUUAGUCUGUAAAUCGUCUUGUUUUGCUAAUGUUUGUAGCGCUAUAAGCAAUUUUAGGUGGAUAUGUGCGCUUUACAGAAAUUUUUCAAUGUUAUUAUUUAACUCCAAAAUUGGCAUCGCAAUUUGAAGCCAAAGUUGUUCAUUCUCCAAAUGAAAUAGCAGUUUGUAGUGAGGGUGCAUUCUUCAAGUAGCACAAAUCUACAGUUCCUGGUCCGUUCUCCUGGACAGACUUAGAUCAAAGACCUUAUCUUAUCACACUUACAGCAUUUAUUGGACUGUACACAUUAUUCCUAAAGAAUACAGCACGUCUAUAUUUUCAGUAAUGAAACUUGGAAAACUAAAUAACAAAAACUUGUUGACCCAAUCAAGAGGUGUGAAAGGUAUGGAUUUUAAACCAACAAAGUCAUCAGAACUAAACAACACACAAUAUUUUUUAUGAAAUAGCUACCACGCAAAAGACACUGGGUAAAGUUCCAUUAAAAGAAAUCUCAACAUGAUUUGCAACGCAGGAAGAAAUAAAAUCAUGGAAUUGGUA